AUGCAAUAUCUUUAUUUUGUCAGCGGGCCUGUAGAGGGCACCCCGGGACUCCCACUUAACGGUACUCUCAUCAUUGGGCAGGAACAAGACCUCCUCGCCCGUGGCUUCGAUAAGUAUCAGGUGCUCCAUGGUGACAUUGCUCAAUUGAACGUCUGGGACCGAGCGUUGAACGCUUCUGAAGUGGCCGGCCUGGCCACCUGUCACACUCCUGGCCUAGGAAACAUCUUCAACAUGGACACGGCCAAAUGGGAGGUCAUUGGCAACAUCCAGGAGACCCUAGUCGACCUCCAGUACUUUUGCAGCUCGGACCCGUUUUAUAUCAUCUUGCCAGAGGAACGAUCUUUCCAUGCCACCCAAGAACUCUGUGAACUUCUCAACACCACCAUGCCGGUGCCUCAGUCUCAUGAAGACUCCACCUCAAUACUGCAGGAAAUUACGCCCUUUCUGAACGUGUGUAGCGCGGGCAGCACGUGGAAAGUCUGGUUAGGCAUCUCAGACGAGCUUCAGGAAGGUGUUUAUAUCAACGUCAACACUGGAAGACCCAUCACUUUCCACGACUUUCUCCCACCUUACCCUUUCGGUGGACAAUUAAACAACUGUGUGAUGCUCAUUGUAGAUGGUACUUGGGUUGACAAUAAAUGCCAACUUCAGCGAUGUGGAGCCUGCUACUUCGAACGAGAAGACUUUCUGUACUUACGAGGGUUGUGUUUUGAAGAAGAAAUAAGAGCACAUUUUCGAAUGAGCGGCUAUUUUGCUGGGCGACCAGUGCUGCGUGGAUAUUUCAGCAUGUCUGUCAUAUGGGAUUCUUCACAAAAUCUUUGGUUAUUGUAUGAUACAGAUAAAAAUUCGACGCUCGUCACUUCCGAACAUAGUGACACUAAUGGUUACCCAUUGGGCAUAAAAACAUGGGUGUCGGCCGUACCACUGUGUGAUUCUCCCAAAGGAAGCCAGUUAGAACUGAGUUUUUCCAGUUGCUCCAACGAACAUUACAUGUGCAAUUCUGGGUCCUGCAUCUCACACGAAAAACGCUGCAACCUUCGAUAUGACUGCACUGAUGGGAGUGACGAAAACGGCUGUGGUGCUGUGAAAACUGGCAGUGGAUACCAGCAGCACGUGCCACCCAGAGGACCUAACGAUACAAACCUUAUUGUCACCCCCUCUGUCAAUAUCACACGCAUCACCCACGUCGACAAUAUAAGAAUGACCAUUGGUGUAGAGUUUCUCAUAUCACUUACCUGGAGGGAUGACAGGUUGACUUUUAGGAACCUGAAACCACGUAAGGAGACUAUCAUCCCUAAGGCCGAUUUGAAGCACAUCUGGAGGCCUCAGUACCGCGUUACUCCUCUCGAGGGAAGUCAAGUCAGGUUGCUGAAUGAUUUUGCUGUAGUUCCGUCCGCCAAUAAUGCAACAAUUCCAGAUUUCAACACUGUCAACAGAGACCUUGGGUAUCCCGGGGCCGAUAAUGACAUAGUGAGCAGCGAAAAGUACACAGCUGUAUUGACCUGUAACUUCGACCUCUAUGUCUACCCGUUCGACAUCCAAGUGUGCAGCAUCAACAUCGACAUAGCACGAGAAUAUGAAGAGACUGUUGUAUUUUCUGUGGAAAAAAGAAGAGCGUUUUUCACCGGAUCUGAGGAUCUCUCUCAGUACAAGGUGAAGAAUAUAGCUAUUGAUCCUCGCUCCGGAAAGAAUAAGAUGACAGUCAACUUCGAGCUCCACCGCCUCCAGGGUGUGAUCUGGCUGUCAACGUUUGUGCCGUCGGUAAUGUUGUUGAUGGUUAGCUGGGCGACGCUCUUCAUCAGGAUGGAGUUACUCAACGUGAGAGCCGUCAUGUCCCUCACCACACUGCUGGUGCUCUACACGCUCACCACCAACCUCUCACGCACCAUGCCCAACACCGCUGCCAUCAAGCUUAUUGACGUCUGGUUCUUCUUCAUCAUCCUUCUCAUCUUUGUUAAUAUAAUGGUUCAUAUAUUCAUUGAGCACAUUGUAUAUAUCUUUCCAAAUAGAUUGAUAUAUGACUUUGAAUUUGAAGGUAGGUCAAAGACUUACUCGGACAAGGCUGCUGAGAAAGUUAUUUCACUCAUUAGGUUUUGGUUUGUCCCAGUAGUUUUCCUGACAUUCAAUAUAAUUUUCUGGAUAUUAGUUUUCACAUACUAGUUGCAUUUUAAUAAUAACACUAUCUUUUUUAUGUUUAUGAUACAAUUGAUCUCCAUAUCAUUUUAUGCUAAUUGGAAGUAAAUUGGUGUCAGUUAUUUAGUGCCGUGAACUGAGGUGAAGCCAGGAAUUGAUGAUGAUUCUUCCUAAUCGUUAAUUUAUAAUAGUCAUAAACUGUAAAGUUUACUCAUUCCUGAUAAGACUAUCAACUUAUGAAACAUGAUUUCCAAAGAGCAUAGCAAAUAUUUGCAGUAUUACACAGUACAACAGGUCAAAGUACAUUAUUUUUUAAACUCAAGGUGGGCACAAAUCAGACAUAUUUUACAGAGUGUAUCACAACUCACAAAGUUUUAACAGAGUCCCUAACACUGGACCAUGUGAUGGGGGCAAGACCUUCCUUAUCCUGCCUAAGUGUAGUUCUUCUCAGAAUCUCAGAAUUCCAGAUCCACUUCUAAAUUCAUUUAAGAAUUAAUCUGGUAAAAAAAACUCCUGAUAUUUCGACUGUCGCGUAAUGAUUCAAUUUUAAUAUUAAAAGCAAUAUCAGUGUAUAUGAAACAAUGCCCAAAAGUUCCAAGAUGUUUUCUCUGACCCAAAAGUCAUAGGUUUAUACUUGUACAACAUUCUAGGUGCUGAUGCUGAUUAUGGAAAUAUCAUGAUAUAAAAAAGUCUUUAAAUCACGUCUCUCGAAAUCUUCCGAGGCCUUUACGGACCAAUAUCCUUUUCAACUUUCAGAAAUUAAUAUAUACUGUAUAUUCAACAGUGACCACUAUGAAGUUUUGCGUUUAUCUCUAUAGUUCCUUCACCGUCCUUGUUCCCAUGUAGCGAUGUCCAUGACCACCUAGUAAAACUGAUCAAGGCUCCAUGCGGCACUGGACAGAUUUUGUUUAGGACUGAGCAGUUCCCCAUGCAAGACUCAACAGAAUCCCCGUCGAACUGACCAUGACUAGAUGUAGCACUAAGCAGGGACACUCGAAGCUUGCCACCAAGGCUUAGGGUCAGUUUGUAGCGGGGCAGCUUGAUUGAUUGUCGGACGGACACGCGAAUAAUCACUACAGUUCUUUGGUAUUAAUCUAUUGUGAAUAUAUAAACCAUUUUUUAAGUUAAAACUACGUGUCUUGGAUGUAAGUAAGUAAUUUCCCUAUUACAAUGAUUGCUUCAGUGUCAUAAGUAAAAUACCUGUCAAAUUACACACAGUAAUCAUUAGAACACAAAAGAAAUUUGAAUUAUAGAUUGCGCAUCAUAUAUCCAAUAUAAUAUGUAGAAACUCUGAUUAAGAUAAUAUGUCAAAAGAUU